GCAUUCACCCAGAAUGCCGAUUUCAUCUGGAAAUACAAAAGGAAGAAACAAAAUGUUCAGAGCUUCUCAGCACUCAAACCGAAAAGUACAAAGCCUGCCCUGGCAUCUGGGACAACCUCACAUGCUGGCACGCUGCGGACCUGGGGGAGACAGUCACCGUGCCCUGCCCUACGGUGUUCAGCAACUUCUACACCAAGCCAGGAAACAUAAGCAAAAACUGUACAAGUGAUGGAUGGUCAGAGACAUUCCCAGAUUUCAUAGAUGCAUGUGGCUACAGUGACCCCGAGGAUGAAAGUAAGGUCACGUUUUAUAUUCUGGUGAAGGCCAUUUACACUCUGGGCUACAGUGUCUCUCUGAUGUCACUUGCAACCGGAAGCAUAAUUCUUUGCCUCUUCAGGAAGCUGCACUGUACCAGAAACUACAUCCACCUGAACCUGUUCCUCUCCUUCAUUCUGAGAGCCGUCUCCGUGCUGGUCAAGGAUGAUAUCCUGUAUUCCAGCUCCGGCACACUGCACUGCCUCAACCAGCCAUCCUCUUGGGUUGGCUGCAAGCUCAGCCUGGUAUUCUUCCAGUACUGCAUCAUGGCAAACUUCUACUGGCUGCUGGUAGAGGGGCUGUACCUUCACACUCUCCUGGUGGCCAUCUUCUCCCCCAGCAGAUGCUUCCUAGCCUACCUGCUGAUUGGAUGGGGCAUCCCCACCAUUUGCAUUGGAGUGUGGACGGCUGCCCGGCUCUCUUUAGAAGACACAGGUUGCUGGGACACAAAUGACCACAGCAUCCCCUGGUGGGUGAUCCGGAUACCCAUUCUGGUCUCCAUCCUGGUCAACUUUGCGCUCUUCAUCAGCAUCAUAAGGAUUCUACUGCAAAAGCUGACAUCCCCGGAUGUGGGUGGCAAUGACCAAUCCCAGUACAAGAGGCUGGCCAAGUCCACACUGCUGCUCAUCCCGUUGUUUGGCAUCCACUACAUGGUGUUUGCAGUUUUCCCCAAAGGCAUCUCCGCCCAGUACCAGAUCCUGUUCGAACUGUGUGUCGGGUCCUUCCAGGGCCUGGUGGUGGCAGUGCUCUACUGCUUCCUGAACAGUGAGGUGCAGUGUGAGCUGAAGAGAAGGUGGCGAGGCCUGUGCCUGACGCAGCCUGGGGGCCGAAACUACCGGCUGCACAGCUGGUCCAUCUCUCAGCAUGGCUCAGAGAGUGCCCUGCAGAUUCACCGGGGCUCCCGUACCCAGUCCUUCCUGCAGACGGAGACCUCGGUCAUGUAG